AUGGAUGAUUCAAGUCUCGAUGACAUUGCGCGACAGCUGUCUGAUCUUGAAGUUGCGCUGUUUCUGUGUCUGGCAGCUCGCGAACAUUGCUUAAUCGAGACGACGAGUGACGGAAUCAAUGAUCUUGGGAAAGAACUGGCAUUGAUCUGCUCUCAAACGUUUGGCCUAUCCUACUCCAUCGUUGAUUUUGACUCGACGACAACAAUCGAGGAGAUCCAUAAUGAUAUUCUCACUGUGGAUGCUCGUAAAAGCCAGGAGCGACCUCUAUAUUCUCGAAGAAAAACCGGAUCAUCCAGCAGUGUUUCAGCCUAUCUGAGCCUUCAAGAUCGCAGCAAGUCACCGAUACCAAGCCUUGCGCCUGAUGAAAUCAACGUGGUGAAUGUUAUCAUUGCUAAAAAUUUCAACUUGGUCAACGAUGAUCUCCAAGUACAGGCGUUACAUUUAAUGCGCACAAGGAAACUGGCUAUAGAAAUGAAAAUUCUUAAUGCGCCGGCUGAUUUCAUGUUUUUGCCUCUUGUUGCGCGAGAUUCCGAUCAACUACAACCUUUGCUCAAGGCGCAUCUGAAUGAUAACCUGCUAGUCUCUUAUUUUCAUGACCCGAUGGAUGGAUACAUGUAUCUGGAAGAGAGUGACUGGCUUUCGGACGGUCAACUGUCAGCUUCAUCGGUCAUUCACAAACCAAAACAUGCCGAGAAGAUAACUGCCAAGGUGAACCAAACUAUGAUAGAGAAGCUCCGAGAAGAGACAGACGCAGUCACAACGAGUGCAGAAGUGGCCCGGUACAUUCAAGAUAUCAUCGUAUUCUUGCGUCUCAGUCGAGCCGUUGCUGGAGGCAUAUCUGCGAAGGCGAACAUUCAAUUCUCUCGGCUUGCGAAGCUCCUGGCACCUUUGCAUGGCAUGGAUUAUCUUACGCCAUCGAUUGUAUCACUGGCGGCAAGGAAAGUGUUCCGUCACCGCAUCAUCGUCGCGAGUCCUGACGAUGAUCGGAGUCUUCAGUAUGGUAGUGAUCUGGCGGCGGUCUCUCAUAUCCUUGUAGAUAUCACCCCGGAUUCAAUUCUGGAUGGGGUAUUAGCUUUGGAGCCACCAAUUUAA